AACGUCCGUUGGAAAGAGUGAGGUGGGGGGGAAGCACGUCAGGCUCUCUAGACGGCUCGAAUGAUCACAGCGUUGCUCUGCUGGUACGUUUCAUUGAGCUCAACCGGAGAAGUUAAUCGUUUAGACCAGCGGAGGAAACGAAUGAGAUUUCAACCGAGUCGCGCACAGUGAGUGGACCGGCCAGGGCAGCAGCAACCCCUUUUCUCUUCAGCAGACCGAUAAGGAGACCCAGAUGGACAACAGGAACACGUCUGAUGACAAGCCCGUUCAGCGUUCUAAGUCUUUCAGUUUUAAGACACAGAAGGAGACGUGUGCAUCAUGUGAGAAAACCGUGUAUCCGAUGGAGAGAUUGGUGGCCAACAACCUCAUCUUCCACAACACAUGCUUCUGCUGCAAGCAUUGCAACACCAAACUCAGUCUGGGGUCCUAUGCAGCGCUGCAGGGGGAGUUCUACUGCAAACCACACUUCCAGCAGCUCUUCAAGAGUAAAGGGAACUAUGACGAGGGCUUCGGGCGCAAGCAGCACAAGGAGCUCUGGGCCUCCAAGGAUGAAGAGAGCAUCACCAAGACAGCAUAAUCCUCAGUGAUUUCCAAAGCACCUUUCCCCUCCCUAGCCAAUGAUGAUGACCCUUUACAUACUCUGCCCACAUCAAUAUACACACACACACACACACACACACACACAUUUCAAGCACACAAGCAGUUGAUCCAGGCUUCUCAUGAUAUCACAACACAAUCACAGAUAUACCACCAUGAGAUAGGGUUGAUUAGCUUCCCUUUUGUUUGUUGUUCAUUUAAUUUUUUUAAUUAAUCUUUUUUUUUUAUCCUUCUCUGCUUGGUUUUCAUUGUUAUUUAGCUUUGGAAAAUGUCAUUUUGUGUUUGUGAUGAUUUUUUUUUUGUAGUGUUGUGGAGUUAACAGUUAGUUGAUUGUGACCAAAAUCUUUGUGUCCCUAUAGGUGGGAUGAUUCACUUAUUAGCGUCAUUACGAUCCUGUUUGGCAGUACUAGUAUCAGUUGGUUUAGUUGAUUUUCUGUCGUGAAAGGUUUCAAGAUGGUUUAGAUUAUACACUCAGGUAAAGAUUCUGGGUUGAUGCAUCAAGAUUAUUCAGCAAUCUUUUAUGUACAUAGUGAACUUAACUGUUUUGUCCCUCACUUCAGUUACAGCAAUCUAUACCAUUUUCAAACUAAAUGGUUUAACAGCGUUCCUUAAAAUGAGAAAACGGUCUUUUUUUUUAUUAUUUUGUCUGCUUUGCUGGCGCAGGGUAUUUUAUCUGUGAAUCUACAGGGUACACUGUACUGUAAAGAACUCACUUGAGUUUACAUCCCCCUUACUUUUCAUUCUUUUUCAUCCUCGUUUUAUCUUCUUUUGACAUUAAGAAUUGGUAUUUGACAGAUCCUGUCAAAUCUGUGAUCCAAUCAGACAAUAUCAUUCUUAUUAAGCAUGAGUAUCUUUUACCAAAUGUAGUUGUAAACACAAUAUUUGCUCAGAUAAUAUUUACCGUUACUGAAUAUUUACCACUAUAAAAUUAAUUUGAUUACAAAUUAAGAUUUAGACUUGCUGAAAUUUAGACAUAAUCUUAAAUCAGCCAUAAUUUCUGGCGCCCUCUAGUGUUUUGGAUGAUAUUCCUUAUUUGAUCUAAUGUUGGUUAUUCUUUGCCAUCUAUUGAUGCCAUCUAGUGAUAUCUAUGCUCAUUUUAUCAAACAUAAAUAUUCCUUGUAUAUCUUAUUUUAGUUACAUUUAAUGUUUUUCAGCAGACUGCACAUCAUAUUUUUCUUUGUUGCUCAGUGAUUUCUUGUAAAGGCAUUUGCACAUAAGUACCACUAAGCUGAGUGAAUGUACUGUGAUGCACUGUACUGCACUUAUGCCUUGCUGCAUGGGACCAAGUUUGUACAACAAAAUUAAGAUAUUCACAGGGAAUUAGGUCUCAGAGGAAAUUACAUUUAUGAUGCUUCGCACCCCCCCCCACCCCCACCCCCACCACCACUACUUCCUGUCAACUCAUAGUUUUUGACUGUUUCCUGUGGGCUUCUCUGUGACGAGGUUUUGUGGGACUUUGAGCACAUACGUAACCGUGUGGCUCGGAAGCAUUGCUCGG